AUGUGCUCAGAUCUCCCUCUGCUGGGACCAUCGUAAGUGUGGGAGACCCCAAGAAGAAGUAUACACGCUUUGAGAAGAUUGGACAGGGGGCGUCUGGGACGGUGUACACAGCCAUAGACAUCGCUACAGGACAGGAGGUGGCCAUUAAACAGAUGAACCUGCAGCAGCAGCCCAAGAAGGAACUGAUCAUCAAUGAGAUCCUUGUGAUGAGGGAAAAUAAGAAUCCAAACAUUGUCAACUACCUAGACAGUUACCUGGUUGGAGACGAGCUGUGGGUUGUGAUGGAGUACCUGGCCGGAGGGUCGCUGACUGACGUCGUCACGGAGACCUGCAUGGAUGAAGCCCAGAUAGCUGCUGUGUGCAGAGAGUGUCUCCAGGCGUUGGAGUUCCUCCACUCGAACCAGGUCAUCCAUCGAGACAUUAAGAGCGACAACAUCCUGCUGGGCAUGGAUGGCUCCGUCAAACUCACUGACUUUGGGUUCUGCGCUCAGAUCACUCCGGAGCAGAGUAAACGCAGCACCAUGGUGGGGACUCCCUACUGGAUGGCUCCAGAGGUGGUGACCCGCAAAGCCUACGGCCCCAAAGUGGACAUCUGGUCUCUGGGCAUCAUGGCCAUAGAGAUGGUGGAGGGGGAGCCGCCGUACCUGAACGAAAACCCCCUGAGGGCGCUGUAUCUUAUAGCAACCAACGGGACUCCGGAGCUGCAGAACCCGGAGAAGCUGUCGACGACCUUUAGAGACUUUCUGACCCGAUGUCUGGAGAUGGACGUGGAGAAGAGAGGCUCGGCUAAAGAGCUGCUGCAGCAUCAGUUCCUGAAGAUGGCGAAGCCCCUCUCCAGUAUGACUCCUCUCAUCGUGGCCGCCAAGGAGGCUGCCAAGAACAACCGCUAGCCCCCCACUCAACAUUCUGUCUGCCCCUCGCUGUCUCUGUCCCUCCCUCUGUCCACUCCCUCCCUCCCUCUCUCUCUCUCUCUCUCUC